AUGCCUCAGGCACAUAUUCGCGGGCUUCAACACCACCACCAAAGAACAACAAAAUUGUACAUCCCGCCAGCAACCUGCCAGAAAUCCUCAGGUGUUUUUGGAACUUCACAUCAAUUCAUCAACAUGGCCAACCCCAGAGUCGAAGAGCUCCCCGACGAGGAGAUCCCCAAGGCUGGUGUCGAGGAUGCUGGCAGCGACUCCGAGUCUGAAGCUGGCGAGGAGCCCACCAUCCCAGGUGGUGCCGCCGUUACCAUUCACUCCCGCAACGAAAAGAAGGCUCGCAAGGCCAUUGGAAAGCUUGGAUUGAAGCAUGUUCCUGGUAUUACUCGUGUUACUCUCCGCCGACCUAAGAACAUCCUCUUCGUCAUCAACCAGCCCGAUGUCUACCGCUCCCCCUCCUCCAACACCUGGAUCAUCUUCGGUGAGGCCAAGAUCGAAGACUUGAACGCACAGUCCCAGGUCAACGCUGCCCAACAGCUCGCCGCCGCCGAGGCCGCUGCCAGCUCCGACCCACACGCCGGUCACGACCACUCCCACGAGGGUAAGGGCAAGGCCCCCGAGACCGAGGGAAAGAAGGAAGAAGAAGAUGAUGACGGCGAGGAAGUCGACGACUCUGGACUUGAGGCCAAGGACAUUGAGCUCGUCAUGGCUCAAGCCAGUGUGUCCCGAAAGAAGGCCGUCAAGGCUCUGAAAGAGAACGACAAUGAUAUCGUCAACUCGAUUAUGGCGCUGAGCAUAUAG